AGCUGCUCUCUGCAGCACUCCCUUUACACUCUUCUCACCUUCUCUCGUAGUAAAAGCUUCUUCACGCAGCCGCCUCGUCACCAACAGCCCCACUGUCUGCAAAUGAUCUGAGGGCCAUCGUUGAGGCUCCACCAGCAACCGAGACACGGAACACAGUAUCGAUCAACACCCCCUCCCCUGGCUCCCUCCUCUGGCUCUUGUGGCGCUUCUGCUGCAGCGUCCAACUUCAGGUGAUCUUCGUCUCCUGCACAACAAGUCUCCUCUCCGCCACGAUCCGGGAUGCUUGCUCUCUCCCGUUAAAUGGGAUGUCAUAAAUGGGCCGCGCAGGAUGUGAAGGCUCUCUAGAAGAAGGAGGAGGAUGGCUAAAACAAGCUUGUCUGCGGCGGUGCUGCUGUUUCUGGCUGGGUUCCUCUCGGUACCCUUUGUUAACGCCGACACCCUGUUGUCAGCUCCACUUAAUGUGACCAUCAGAGAGCUUGAGGUCAACUCUGCCGUGGUCACAUGGGAAAUCUUGGAGGGGGACCCUGUUAUUGGAUUCGCCAUCACCCAGCAGAAGAAGGAUGUACGCAUGCUAAGGUUCAUCCAGGAGGUGAACACCACCACACGUUCAUGUGCAUUGUGGGAUCUGGAUGAGGACACCGAGUACAUCGUCCAUGUUCAGAGCAUUAGCAUGGGAGGUAGCAGCCCCCCGAGUCAGCCUGUUCUCUUCAGAACACCCAAAGAAUCGGAGAAGAUGGCAUCUAAGAGCCCAGACGAGGUGACGAUGGAGGAGUUUGGUAAGGCUGCCCAGCUGAGGGCUGGAGAACUCAUCAUCAUUGUAGUGGUGCUCGUCAUGUGGGCAGGGGUGAUUGCCCUGUUUUGUCGUCAGUAUGACAUCAUCAAAGACAAUGAGCCCAACAACAACAAGGACAAAGCCAAGAACUCCUCAGAAUGCAGUACUCCUGAACAUCCACAAGAGGGGCUACUGCGCAGCAAUGUCUAAGACCAGCCCUGCAUCGCUUGCUGCAAUAACCAACUCCUCAAGCCUCAGGAUAGACCCUGAGACCAACAGAAAGCCAUUCUCAGACAUCAUCAUACUGAAGAACAGAUCAACCAUUACAGAAACUUUACUUCACCGAAUGAAGCAUUCUUCUAGUACAACUGACACCAAUCUGAACCUGCUGAAUCAAAGACGGCAAAGAAUCAAGCAGAAAACAGAAGAGGACAAAACUUCAUUCACAAGUGUUGUGACCAAAUCUAGACUGAACUAGACUUGUGUGACAGCCAAUGCAGACACAAGAUAUAAAAUGGCUCAAAGCACCGGAGGAGGUGUCAUUUUUUUCUUAACAAGAACUGCUUGAUUCAUAUGUUCAACCAAACACCAGUGGGAUCGAAUCCCACAUCAAACAUGACUGAGUGAUUUGUCUUCAACUUCAGGUUUGUAUCACAGAUGGGAGAAAUGUAGACUGCCUCACAAGAAUAGCUGGUCAUUCUAGUCCAGGUAUCAUUGAGCACACAACAAAACAAGCUAAGCUGUGUUUUGAACUAAGGACUUUCCCUUUUUCUAUCUGUCUUUGUGCCAUUACCCCCCUUUCUGUCUUUAUUACAGACCCGAGCAGCUCAUCUCUCUCCCUGUCUCUUUGCGUUGGUGUCUCUCUAAUAAGCACAUUGCAGUUUGGUGCUCCUCCUGUUGUGAUUGUUUGAGCCCUCACAAUCUCGAUCUUGAGUAUGGUAUUAUUUUGUUAUUGGAUCAGUAGCAUUACACACUGAGUCUUGUCCCCUGCUUUUCUCUCCCUCCAUAUCAUCAAUUAAAGGAUGCAUCUGUUUUUCUGUCACCGCUCUGCACUGGAACCUUAAUGCAGGUGUCAGUUUGUGGAUAAAAUCUGACAUAUUUUACAGAGCCCAAUAUUUUCUAAAAUGAGUUUGGUGACUUUGUGUGAAUACAGCCACGAUUCAGGCAAAGUUCAAGGAUUGACCUGGCAGUCUCCCAUCAAAGUGGUGCCACACUCCCAAUCAAACAUUUACAGAAACAUCCAGGUUGGAAAUGCAGAAGUUAAUUUCAUGGUCAAACUUUUUAAAAGACUGGCAUGAUUGGAAAAUUCUUAAUUUUGGUCAUAUUGAGGCUCAUAACUGUACAUUCAGGAGGAUAUGCUCUCUUCCGCAGCAGGAUGUACAGGGACUAAGGAUGGAGAUAUGCAGGAAAUAAUUCCUAAUGAAAUAUACUGUAUGCAGUGGGCAAGUGUUGGUUGGGUUUCCACUCAGUUUUGGCUGAAGACUGAUGCCCCUUUAGAGGUGCCUGGCACAUAGCUGAACCACUUAGGUGUGUGGCUGAACCUAGUUGUAAAAAAUAAACCAUUUUCAUUUUGCAGAGGUCAUUUACAUGGCUCCUGAGUGCUCAGACCAUCAUGGCAUGGGAUAGAGUGAAAAUGCAUUAUACCGAAGUAUAAAUGCUUUAAAAUGUGAUUACCCAAACUGCGAGCACAUUGAAAAGUUACACGAAUGUGUAUUGAUUAGUUAAACUAUUAACAUCUUUAGUCAUUGUGUUCAUUAUUUAAAAAAGAACACCCAAUUGCCUGGGCACAAUUCACAGCAACGUAUACAACUCAGUGGUGUCUUUCUGCCUUCAGAGCAGAAAGUCUAGCAUUUUAAUAAAUCCUUAAAAAAGUAAUGCCUACAUUCAUGUGGACCGUGCCCUGCGGGGGGUAUGGGUAUCCAAGGGUUAACUGUAACGCAUCAGGCUUAUCCACAGAUAUUGCUCAUCAAGACCCCAGCAUAGUGGACCGUUAUUGGUAGAUCCUUGGAGCUAAAACUAACCAGCAUGCUUUCAUUUGCUCUGAAAUAAGUAACCACUUUGUCAGAAAAUUUAUUUAUGACAAUUUAAAUUAUAUUUUUGAUAAAUAUUUGUCAUUUAAUAAGUUCAGACACUUG